AUGCGCGAGUUCUGCUAUCAACUCAAACAGGAACCGGAGUCAAUCCCUGAACACCACCGCUCUCCCAUCGGCGGUCCCCUUGAAAGCUUAACCGACCAUCCAAUUGUGUUCGGAUUCAUGGACGAAUUUCUCACUUCAGGCUACGCCAACGAAAAUUGCUACGGAUUCCGGUUGGAAGGCACGUUUCUAACCAUUCGUCCGAACGGACACGACAACUUCAGUCCGCACGGCGGGCGUGGAAUGCUCAACUUUCCCGGCAACUCACAUACGUAUCAUCUGCACCACGAUAAAGCACACAGCGGGUUGACGCGCGUCGUCUGGGAACUCAACCCUGUCCAGGAAGGUGGCGGUGGAACGAUGUUCCUCACGGGUAGUCAUAAGGGAGCGUUCCCAACACCGAAGUCGACAGCGAACCGUGAUUCGCCACUAUGGGAGGAUUAUACCUGUCCCGCCGGCUCCAUGCUUAUUUUUACAGAAGCCAUCACGCAUACAGGUGCGAAGUGGACAGACGAAGAGAUCGAUCGAGUUGCGAUUUUCCACUGCUAUAACACCGUUGGAAACAAGUGGCAUAAGUGGGAACCGCACCCGAAGCACGUUGAAGAGAUGCCGUUCAAACGUCAGACGCUCUUCCGACCUGUUCACUGUCAGGACAACACGCCAACACUGGAUACCGUAUAG